AUGGGCCACUCCGCCAAGUACUUUGCAGCGCUCACCGCCGUGUCCGCGGCCGUCAUAUACGGAUCAUCCCUGUCCGCGGCCGCGUUCUCCUCCCCCCUUCUCUAUCCUCCUGCGUGCCUCGCGCAACCACUCAGUGUGAUCUACCCCAUCGCGCCCGCGUUCAAUGACUUUAUCUGCUUGCUCAACACCUUCUUCAUCGCGGGCACCGCGACACCCGCGGGCAAGGCGUUCCUCGACUACUUUGGUGGCCUGUUCGUCCCUGCCGUCCUCGUCGCAGUGUACGAAGGGUUCAGGCCCAGCUCUCGCCGCUCGGCGUCGUCAAAGGCCUACGGCAACGCCGAGGGCUUUGGCAUGCACCUGGGCCUCGCACAGCUGUCCACGUUUGCCAUCACUGUCGGCCAGGUGUUCAUGGCUGGCGUCGCCCUCCCACUGUACUAUGCGUUUGUGUCGGCGUCCACCCCCAACCGCUGGAGGCACCACCACCACAAGAAGGACCUGGGAGACGACGUGUUCCUCCCCAAGGAGCUGCGAGAGGACCAAAGCGAGCCACACAAGCACUCGGUCCAGUACAAUGCCAACAUUCCUCGCUCGUCGUUUGUCUACACGACCCUCAUCUCCACCAUUGUCGGCAUGGUCCUCCCCUCGUUGUACAUGUCGACUGCUCCCCCCGAGCUCAAGUAUGACGCCCUCACCAUCUUCCACCCGUUCCCGGUCUACAUGCUCCUGAUCAACAUUGUGCUCCCUCCCCUCCUGCGCAGGUCGUUUACCAGCGUCAACCCCAUGCGCGGCAUCUACCUCAUUGCCGCCCUCGGUAUUGCCGCGUCCCUCAAGUCGCAGUACCAGCUCUUCACGCAGCACGCCACCGUGCCCAUCACGGACGUGUUCAUGCUCAACGCGAACCGCGAUUUCCUCAAUAACGUCGAGGCUCUCGGCGAGUCUUGCCAUUUGCUCUUCAUCCUCGACUUUGUGUUUGUGGCCCUCGCGACUGGUUCCAAGGUCGUCCUCGCGCUCGCCCGCCGUGCCCGCUCUGGCACUGUCGGCCGUAUCACCUACACGAUCAUUCUCCUCGCUGGUGCCUGUGUCGUCGGCCCCGGAGCUGCCAUCAUGGUCAUGUGGGCGUACAGCGAGCGCGAGGCGCUGCGCCAUGCUCAAGAGUACACCGAUGCCAAGAAGGCAACGGAAGGCGGCAGUAAGAAGAAGACCAAGUGA